UCCUCCACCUCGUCCUCUGUCUCCCUCCCCCGGAAGAGCAGCUCCACAAGAACAAUGGCGGCCGCCGCAGCCACCACCCUCUCCGCCGCCAUCUCCUCCUCCUCCGCCGCCUUCCUCUCCUCUAAAAAUCUCCCCUUUCUCCCAAAGUUCUCUCCUUUCCCCUCCAAACCCACCGCCCGGCCCUCCCCUGCAGCCCUCCUCAUCUCCAGUUCCCUCGGCCACGCCUCCAAAGCCGCCGCCGCCGCCGCCGUCGCCGCUCCCCCCUCCCCCGAGACCGAGGCCUUCGUCUCACGAUUCGGCCCCGACGAGCCCCGCAAGGGGAGCGACGUCCUCGUGGAGGCCCUGGAGCGGCAGGUGACCAACGUCUUCGCCUACCCCGGCGGCGCCUCCAUGGAGAUCCACCAGGCCCUCACCCGCUCCGCCAUCAUCAAGAACGCUCCCCGCCACGAGCAGGGCGGCAUUUUCGCCGCCGAGGGGUACGCCCGCGCCUCCGGCCGCCCUGGCGUCUGCAUCGCCACCUCCGGCCCCGGGGCCACCAACCUCGUCAGCGGCCUCGCCGACGCCAUGCUCGACAGCAUCCCCAUUGUCGCCAUCACGGGCCAGGUGCCGCGAAGAAUGAUUGGCACGGAUGCGUUUCAAGAGACCCCUAUUGUCGAGGUCACCCGGUCCAUAACGAAGCACAACUAUCUGGUUCUUGAUGUGGAAGAUAUACCGAUGAUCGUCAGCGAGGCAUUCUAUCUGGCGACUUCAGGGAGGCCAGGUCCGGUUCUCAUUGAUGUACCUAAGGAUAUACAACAGCAGCUUGUGGUUCCAAAGUGGGACAUGCCUGUGAGGUUGCCAGGAUACAUGUCGAGGUUGCCUAAGCCGCCUCAGGAGGCGCACCUGGAACAGAUUGUGAGGUUGAUUGCCGAAUCAAAGAAGCCAGUCUUGUAUGUGGGCGGUGGGUGUUUGAAUUCGAGCGAGGAGUUGAUCAGGUUUGUAGAACUUACAGGGAUCCCUGUGGCGAGUACUUUGAUGGGGCUAGGGUCGUUCCCAUGCACGGAUGAUUUGUCGCUACAUAUGCUUGGGAUGCAUGGGACUGUAUAUGCAAACUAUGCAGUGGACAAAAGUGAUCUGUUGCUCGCCUUUGGAGUUCGGUUUGAUGAUCGUGUGACGGGCAAGCUGGAAGCUUUUGCUAGCCGAGCUAAGAUCGUUCACAUUGAUAUCGACUCAGCUGAGAUCGGAAAGAACAAGCAACCUCACAUAUCUGUUUGUGGGGAUGUGAAAUUGGCCCUGCAAGGGAUUAACAGGUUGUUAGAAGGGACAGCAUCAAAGCUUAAAUUUGACUUUUCUGCUUGGCGGGUGGAGCUUGAUGAGCAGAAACAUAAGUACCCAUUAAGUUUCAAGACAUUCGGGGAUGCCAUACCUCCUCAGUACGCGAUUCAGGUUCUUGAUGAGUUGACCAAUGGAAAUGCAAUCAUAAGUACAGGUGUCGGGCAGCAUCAAAUGUGGGCUGCACAGUUUUACAAUUAUAGGAGGCCUCGGCAGUGGUUGACGUCCGGAGGAUUAGGGGCUAUGGGUUUUGGGUUGCCAGCUGCUAUUGGAGCUGCUGUUGCAAAGCCUGAUGCCAUUGUUGUGGACAUUGAUGGAGAUGGGAGCUUUAUCAUGAAUGUCCAGGAGUUGGCUACUAUCAGAGUGGAGAACCUUCCUGUUAAAAUUCUUCUAUUGAACAAUCAACACCUGGGCAUGGUUGUCCAAUGGGAGGAUCGCUUCUACAAGGCCAAUAGGGCACACACUUACCUAGGAGAUCCGUCGAGAGAGUCUGAGAUAUUCCCAGACAUGUUGAAGUUUGCUGAAGCUUGUGGAAUACCUGGUGCUCGGGUGACCAAGAAAGCAGAUGUUAGAGCUGCAAUUCAGACAAUGCUGGAUACUCCUGGGCCAUACUUGCUAGAAGUGAUUUUUCCCCAUCAAGAGCACGUCUUGCCUAUGAUUCCAAGUGGUGGGGCUUUUAAAGAUGUGAUAGUCGAGGGUGAUGGACGAUCAGCAUACUGAUCUCCUGAAUGAUCUUGUAUGUUGCUGUGGCCUUAUCAUGAGAGUUGAGGCACUUCCUUCCCUUUUAAUUUUUAACUUGUGCUAAUGCAUGGGAAGAUCUUUAGUUGUUUUACUUGUAAUGGCACGAAGUAGUUUGUAGUUAGGUAAUAUCAGAGCUUGUGAAGGUUGAUUUAGUUAUCAUCAACGGUUCGCUGAGAAUAAAUUGCGGUUUAGUGAUGGUGUUCCAUCUUUGAUGGUGAAGAUCUCAUAAUAUUAUGUCUUGUUUAUGUUGAAUUUGUUCUGGUUUAAAUCUUGUAGUUACAGCCUGGUACGGUAAUGUUGAAGUGACGAUUUCGUACCAAGAUGAAUGCCUCAUUAGUUGCAA